AUGUGGAACAAGGAUCAAUUGCACUUAUUAAUUGCUAAAAGAAGAAAUAGAAAUGCUAAGUAUCAUGAUAUUCCUGGAAGUAGUAGGGGUAAAUUUCAAAAUCUUGUAAGAGAUCAUACUCAGGAAAUUGUGCAGGGCAUAGAACCAGAACUGGAGUAUGAUACUUUGAGGAAUUACGUUCAUGUUUUUGAGAGAGCCAGAAGAAGAGAAAAAAGAUGGCGAAAUCACACUCCACUACCAACUUAUAAAGAAGUUUCAUCAAUGAUAAAUAUGAGUCGCCAUGAAUUUCUCACUGAUAAUGUAAGUAAUAUAAAUGAUACAGAUAGGAAUUCAGGCUAUAACACUAAUGAUGUAAGUAGAAAUUUAGAUAAUGCGACAUAUUUAUCUUUACCUAAUUUAGCAAAUACUAUCUCAACCUCUAAUAUUUCUGCAUCACAAAAUAAUAGUAAUAUUAGUAUGCUCGAUAUAGGAGGUAGCCAACCUUCCUGUAUAGAAAAUAUAAAUAAAGAGGAUUAG